AUGGUUAAACAGCAUAAUAACGUACUGACAGACUACCCCAACGUGUUGUAAAGGCUGCUUUUGGGGUUGGCUAUUUUCCAUGUUUGUUCCAAAAGCAUAUGGCUUGCCGAGCUUGCAUGCCCCUUAGAUAAGUAAACGAUAAAAUACAUUAGAAAUGGCAGAGCGGCUUACGCGAAGUAGGUUGCAAGUUGGAGGAGUUCCCCCGGGUGCAAUCGACCCAGGGACGACAAUUUUGCGUCUGCUUAAUGAAGCCAAGCAAGAUGCCAUUGCUGUCCUCCAAGUCGGCGCUUGCGGGCCUCACAAGCUGCUCGAGGCGUGCGCAAAGUUGCGAGAGGGAUCAGCGCAGUUUCAAAAGAUUGUCGGAGAGGAUUUGCGGCAAGCGGAGGACCUUCCGCGGGGCGGUCUAGCGCGCUCGCCGACUCCUCGUCUGCCUCCCUCUCAGGUCGCCAAGGCGGCCGCCAGCCUGCUAGACGCCUGCCAUGUCGCCGUGCGUGCCGUGAUUGAGCAGUGCGACUCCAGCGCUGCAGCUGCUGCAGCAGCAGCUGCGGACGCGUCAGGAGCACAGAUCCACCUCAUCAAGCAAGAAGAAGGAGCCCCCACCGCACCCACUCCGCCCGACUCGGUGGUGCCACCCGCGACCUCGCCAGCCCCCACCGCCGCCCUGACGCCCGCUCAGCUCUGGAAAUGCGCCGUUGACGCGGCCCACGCGCUUCAAGACGCCACGCGGCUGCUUGCCGAGCCCUCCAUCUACACCUCCUACACCACCUCCUCCGACCCCUCAUGUGAGGCUCUGCUGGCGGUGGGGGAGCUGGCGGCAGCGGCCAUGCAGCGCGCCACGUCCGCCACACGUGCUGCCAUUGCAGCAGCCGCAGCAGCCUCCUCCGCGGGAAGCUUGAUGGAGGCAGCUGGGAAGCAGCAGCAGCGGCAACCGCAGCCGCAGCAGCAGGGGGUGCCGCCGCUUCCGGACGCGGUGUGCCUCUUGGCGGCGCAUGCCUGCUCGCUGUUGCUGGGCGCAUGCGAGCAGCAAGCCGAGGGGCUGCUGGACGCCCUGCAAGACCAGCCCGCCGGCCGCCAGCGACUGCACACGCUCGUCACCGCCGCCCUCGACCUAGCCGCCGCCCGCAUCACGGAAACAGCGCACUGUGACGCCGCUGCCGCCCCCUCCCAGCCCCUGUCUCCACUUCCUGCAUCCUCCUGCAAUCCGGAGGUCCCUUCCGGCGCCUUGACCUCUGCUGCGGCUGCUGCUGCUGCCUCCUCCUGCUCCCCUCCCGCCGGACCCAGCUACCAGCUCCGCCAGCUGCAGGCCGUGUCGCUGCGGUUCGCGGAGCUGCUGGUGGACGACGGCGGCACCAAGGCGGCGGCGCGGCGGGCGCUGCUGCCGGCGCUGGGGGAGGCGCUGCGGGCGGAACCGCGCCGCUUCCUGGCUUGGUGGUGCUGCGGCCGGGACGCCAUCCUCUCCGGCCUCUCCCUCCCCGAACUCCUCUCCGCGCCCCAGCUCGGCUCCGCUCCCGCUCCCGCCUCCGCAACCACCGCCCUCGGCCUCAACCCCAGCCCCACCACACCCCCCACACUCACCGCCUCCUCCUCCUCCUCCUCCUCCUGCUCCACCGCCGCCCCCACGCUGCCCCCCGCGCCCGACUGCAUCAGCACCCAAGAGCCCAAACUCCAAGCGGCUGCAGUCGGCAUGUUGCUCAAGAGCCCAGCCUCCCGCAGCAUCUGCCUGUCGCUGCUGCUGGCUUGCGCUCGACAGCCCGCACCCGCGGGGACCCCCGGCGGUCCGUUCGGCGAGGGCUUUAACGCGGAGCGGUUCAUGGCAUGGGGCGAGGGCGAGGAGAGGGAGUUGCUGUAUGUGGGCGGCCGGGGUCGGGGUUACAAGCGACGCAAGGUGCUGAACCCCGAGGCACAUGGCGUGGAGACGGAGCGGGUGGGGGUGGUGUUGGCGGCGAUGGCGGGGGCAGUGGAGGCGGCGGUGCUGCUGUGUAAGAUCCUGGUGAAUACCGCGCUCGGGCCGCAGUUGCUGGCGGAUGGUGAGGUGGAGGAGGAGGAGGGUGGAGAGGAGGGCGAGGAGGCAGACGGCGGGGCGGCGGCGGCGGGCGGCAAGGCGGCGUCCCAGCUGACGGGUGCUGUGAAGGCAAGGAAGGAGACGGAGGAGGGUGCUGGAGGGGGUAAGCAGCCGGACCUGCCCUUGGCUGAGGCGUUUUGGCAGCAGCUUGUCUCGUCGCAGCAGCAGCAGCAGUCCUCAUCGCCGGAGGUGGCUGUCGCGGCUAAGAUGAUGGGUCGCAUGGCGGCAAACCUGGCGGCGCUGUUGUCCGUGUUGCAGCCCCUGUCUGCCAGCUCCGGACAGGUUCGCGACGCCGUUCGACAGGCGGGGCUGCCCUCCAUGCGUUGGCCCCGCCUCACGAUUCGCCUACCGGUGUUUGUGGUGGCUGAGGACUCCGAGCUGCUGCUGAGCCUGAUGCGCGACAUGCAGGCAAUCGCAGCGGACCCCGCCCGCCCAGGUCGCCACGCAGCCCGCAGCCACCCCACCGAGCUGGCAGCCGCACCGGGGCAGCCACGCGGAGGCGGCAAGCAGCAGCUGCGACGCGGCGACGCGGGGGAGAUGAGGAUGCAGGAGGAGGAGGAGGA